AUGGCUAUUGAGAUUGAUCAGAAACCUCCUGUUAGGCUUUCAAGAGUUGCAAUUUCAGAAACUCAUGGAGAAGACUCCCCAUACUUUGCAGGAUGGAAGGCAUACGAUGAAAAUCCUUAUGACGAAGUAAAUAAUCCUUCGGGAGUUAUACAGAUGGGACUUGCAGAAAAUCAAGUUUCCUUUGAUUUACUAGAAGAGUACUUGGAGCAGCAUUUAGAAGCAUCUACCUGGGGAAAUGGGAUCUCUAGCUUUAGGGAGAAUGCUUUGUUUCAAGAUUACCAUGGCCUCAAAGCUUUCAGAAAGGCAAUGGCAAGUUUCAUGGAGCAGAUAAGAGGAGGAAGAGUGAAAUUUGAUCCCGAUCGAAUAGUUCUCACUGCAGGAGCAACUGCAGCUAAUGAACUAUUAGCUUUCAUCUUAGCAGACCCUGGUGAUGCUUUGCUUGUUCCAACUCCAUAUUAUCCAGGAUUUGACAGAGAUCUCAGGUGGAGAACUGGUGUCAAGAUUGUACCAGUUCACUGUAACAGCUCAAACAACUUUCAAGUUACUACUGAAGCUUUAGAAGAUGCAUACAGUAAAGCACAAGCUAUGAACAUUAAGGUCAGAGGACUUUUGAUGACAAACCCAUCAAACCCAUUAGGUGCCACAGUUCAAAGAUCAGUCCUCGAAGAGAUUCUCGAGUUCGCUACAAGAAAAAACAUCCACCUUGUAUCAGAUGAAAUCUACUCUGGCUCUGUCUUCUCCUCCACUGAAUUCACAAGCAUUGCAGAAAUCCUUGAGGCUCAGAAAUACAGAAAUGCAGAGAGAGUUCACAUUGUGUACAGUCUAUCUAAAGAUCUAGGCCUUCCUGGUUUCAGAAUUGGAACUAUAUAUUCGUAUAACGAUCAGGUCGUAACGACUGCAAGAAGAAUGUCGAGCUUCAGUUUAGUUUCUUCUCAAACACAGAAUCUCUUAGCUUCAAUGCUAUCAGAUACUAAAUUUACAGAGAAUUACAUAAAAACUAACAGAGAGAGGCUGAGGAAGAGAUAUGAAUUGAUCAUAGAAGGCUUGAGGAAAGCUGGCAUUGAAUGUUUGAAAGGGAAUGGAGGAUUGUUUUGCUGGAUGAAUUUAAGUCCAUUUUUGGAGAAACCCACAACAAAAGGAGAAUUGGAUAUGUGGAAUUCAAUAGUUCAGGUAGCAAAGCUGAAUAUAUCACCAGGAUCUUCAUGCCAUUGUUCUGAACCAGGUUGGUUUAGGGUGUGUUUUGCUAACAUGAGUGAGCAAACACUAGAAAUUGCAAUGAAGAGAAUAAAUGAUUUCAUGGAGAAAAGAAAUUAA